CUGGAAAGAUAAAAGAUGGCCCGGUGGCCUGUGGAGGGUGGCUCCCCACCUCGUUGCGCAAUGAAUGGUGAUGAUGCGGCUUUCCUUUACUCUUCUUCCUCCACCAGACCACCACUUCCAUGCUCUGCUCUGGUGGUCUCCUGUUCGGUUCCGGGAGUGUUCUUCCUUGACAGGGAGCGGCGGUCGCCAUGGCGAAGGAGACCGAGUACUACGACGCGCUCGGCGUCAGCCCCGCCGCCUCGGACGACGAGAUCCGCAAGGCCUACUACAUCAAGGCGAGGCAGGUGCAUCCUGACAAAAACCCCGACGAUCCGCAGGCGUCCGACAAGUUUCAGGCUCUUGGAGAGGCCUACCAGGUCCUGAGUGACCCUUUGCAGAGAAAGGCCUACGACGGUUAUGGCAAGACUAGCAUAUCCAGGGACAAUAUUCUAGAUGGUGCUCUGGUCUUCACCCUCCUGUUCGGGAGCGAGCUGUUCGAGGACUACAUUGGGCAUCUUGCAAUGGCAACAAUGGCUUCCUCAGAGAUGGCCAGCGACAACGGCAGCGCCGAGAAGCUUCAGGACAGGCUCAAGGGUGUACAAAGGGAACGAGAAGAGAAGCUAGCUAGAUUCCUCAACAAGUUCCUCUCGCAGUAUGUGAGUGGUGACAUGGAGGGAUUCGCUCAUCGUGCCGAAUCUGAGGCGAAGAGGCUUUCCAGCACUUCAUACGCACUGGACAUUCGUCGCACCAUCGGAUACGUUUACUCCCGACAAGCUGCCAAGGAACUCGGCAAGAAGGCCAUGUACCUGGGAGUUCCGUUCCUGACCGAGUGGGUGAGGAACAAGGGCCACCUCUGGAGGUCACAGAUCACGGCAGCGAAAGGAGCUCUGCAGCUGCUGCAGCUGCAAGAGGAGGCAUGCCGGCAGAGUGCCAAGGACGGGGGCGCUGCCACUGAGAAGGACGUCGAUAUGCAGAUGAGAAUGAACAAGGACCUGAUGAUGAGUUCAAUUUGGAAGCUCAACGUUGUGGAUAUUGAAGUCACGCUCCUACAUGUCUGUGAAAUGGUGCUACAUGAAAAUAAUGUCAAGAAAGAGGACCUCAAGGCCCGUGCAAUGGCCUUGAGAAAUCUCGGAAAAAUAUUUCAGAGGGAAAAAGAGGCAUUACCUGGGCCAUCAAAGCCAACCAUUCUCGACGAUGACAGCAGCUCAGAUGAAAGUUCAGACGAGGAGGCAUCACGGACAGUGACAUAUCGGACUCCAGCGCUUACUCAGGGAAUUGGCAGGCUAUUUAGAUGCUUAUGCAACCCCGCAUAUGACGUUAACGAUGACUUCGAACCCCGGAAAUGAAGCAGGGAGACUACGAAACCUUUCGAAGAUACCCAAGUUAUACCAGAUAUAUGAUUCACAACAGCUGGGGUCAUGCACCACCAUCCUUCAGUUACCUGAAGGGUAUGGAUAUAUGUUUAUAUGCUGCUUCAGCACUGGUGAUCAGAUCCAACAGUUAAAGCUUUAGAGUACCCCCUUUUCACUCGCAUGAGCAUAGCUUUUGAAAUAGACCAUACCUGAUUGUUCCGUGCUUUCUGUAAUUGUUCUAUUUUGGUGUUUCUACGAAAAUAAUAAUAGAAAAUCUGUUUGUCUUA